AGGUUAGCCAGAAGUGUGAUGCAGAAGAAUGAGCUUCUUCAGGCAAGUCAGACUUCUGCUUUGGAAGAACUGGAUCCUCCGGAAGAGACAAAAGCUUCGUUUCCUGGUGGAGCUUGUGUGGCCUCUGUCAUUAUUUCUUGCCCUUGUCUGGCUGAGGAAAGUUAAUCCACUGUAUCACCAACACGAAUGUCACUUCCCAAACAAGGCCAUGCCCUCUGCAGGAGCGCUGCCAUGGGUGCAUGGCAUCUUCUGCAACAUGAACAACCCUUGUUUCCGCAGCCCAACUCCUGGAGAAGGUCCAGGUGUGGUGUCCAACUACAACAAUUCCAUCCUUGCAAGGGUAUAUAAAGAUGCCCAGGAGCUCUUACUGGAAGCCCCUGAAAUGCGUGAUCUCGGCAGAAUCUGGGAAGAGCUGAUCAUGGUGACUCAGUUUAUGGAAACAAUGAGAACUAACCCUGAAAGAAUUGCAGGAAGAGGAAUACGAAUUCUAGACAUUUUGAAAGAUGGGGAGACCCUUACUUCCUUCUUGCUGGAAGAUGUUGGCCUCCCAGAUGUUGUUGUUUUCCAGCUCGUUAAUGCCCAAGUGCGUCCUGAACAGUUUGCCUAUGGUGUCCCUAACUUGACUCUGAAGGAUAUUGCUUGCAGUCAGAUGCUCCUAGACCGCUUCAUUAUCUUCAGCAGCAGACGAGGUCUCCCUUCUGUGCACAAGGCCAUGUGUGCCUUGUCCCAGGAAAGCCUACAGAGAGUGGAAGAUGCCUUGUAUGCAAAUGUUGAUUUCUUUAAGCUAUUUCAGCUGCUUCCCACUGUGUUGGACAGGAACUCGCCGGGUGCCGACCUGAGAGCCUGGGGCAGGGUGCUGUCUAAUGUCUCCCGAGCAGUGCAAAAACUCGCCAGGAGGCCAAGCGUUCAGGACCUGUUGGCAGUUCUGCAGCCAUUUGUACAAGGUGGAAGGCCAGAAUCCCUGGGCCACUUGGUGAGCUCCCUGUCUGCUCUUUUCUGUGGCUACCCAGAAGGAGGAGGAUCCAGAGUGCUUUCCUUCAACUGGUAUGAAGAUAACAACUACAAAGCUUUCCUGGGAAUUGACUCAACAAGAAAGCAAUCCACUUAUGUUUAUGAUAACACAACCACACCCUUCUGUAAUGCGUUGAUCCAGAACUUGGAAUCAGAUCCUUUAACCAGAAUAGCCUGGAGUGCUGUGAAGCCCCUGCUGAUGGGAAAAGUUCUCUUUGCUCCUGAUUCACCUGCUGUACAGCAAAUCCUUAAAAAUGCAAACUCCACUUUUGAGGAACUUGAACGCCUCAGAGUGUUGACCAAAGCUUGGGAAGAAUUAGGACCUCAGCUGUGGUACUUCUUCCAGAACAGCCUGCAGAUGAAUAUGAUCCGGGACUCUCUGAAGCACCCUACAGUGAGGAACUUCUUGAACAGCCAGCUAGGUACUGAAGGCUUAACUGCUGAGCACAUAAUCAACUUCCUCCACAAUGGGUCUCCAGGAAGCCGUGAGAAGGGAAUGGCAGACUUCGACUGGCGGAAUGUCUUCAGAGCUGCAGACCAGGCUCUGCGUUUGCUCAGCCAGUACCUGGAGUGCUUGAACUUGGAUAAAUUCGAAGGGUAUCUCGAUGAAGCUCAGCUGACUCAUCAAGCCCUGCACCUGCUGGAGGAAAACAAGUUUUGGGCUGGUGUGGUUUUUCCAGACAUAGAGCCUACAAGCAGCAGUCUUCCACCACAUGUGAAAUACAAGAUCCGGAUGGACAUAGAUGCAGUGGAGAAAACGAACAAAAUCAAGGACAGGUACUGGGAUCCUGGUCCAAGAGCUGAUCCCGUGGAUGAUUUACGUUAUAUCUGGGGAGGCUUUGCGUAUCUUCAAGACAUGAUUGAGCACGGGAUUAUAAAGACUCAGACCAACACUGAAGCUCCAGUGGGCAUUUAUCUGCAGCAAAUGCCAUAUCCAUGUUUUGUGGAUGAUGUCUUCAUGAUCACUUUAAAUCGCUCCUUUCCCAUCUUCAUGGUGCUUGCCUGGGUGUAUUCAGUCUCCAUGGCUGUGAAGAGCAUAGUGCUGGAGAAGGAAAUGCGCCUGAAGGAGGCCAUGAAGAACAGGGGGAUAACUAAUGGGGUGAUUUGGUGCUCUUGGUUCCUAGACAGCUUCAUCAUGAUGGCCGUGAGCACGUUCCUCCUCACUGCACUGGUUAUGUGUGGAGGGGUCCUCCAUUACAGCAGCCCACUGCUCUUCUUUCUGUUCCUCAUGGCAUUCACCACAGCCAGCAUCAUGCAGUGUUUCCUCUUCAGCACCUUCUUCUCCAAAGCAAAUCUGGCAGCUGCCUGCAGUGGAAUCAUCUACUUCACCUUGUACCUGCCCCACAUUGUCUGCUUUGUCUGGCAAGACCGCCUGACUGUUAACCUGAAGAGCCUGCUGAGUCUGAUUUCUCAAGUAGCUUUUGGGUUCGGUACGGAGUAUUUGUCACGCUACGAAGAACAAGGUCUUGGCCUGCAGUGGGGUAAUAUCAGAACCAGUCCCUUGGAAGGAGAUCAGUACAGCUUCCUUUUUUCCAUUCAAAUGAUGCUUUUGGAUGCUUUUCUCUAUGGAAUACUUGCUUGGUAUCUUGACAAUGUUUUUCCAGGGGACUAUGGGCUCCCACAGCCUUGGUAUUUCCCUGUGCAGGAAUCUUACUGGCUUGGCUCUAGACACUCAAAAGCUGAGAAAACAGCCACUGCUGAUGACAAAGUACCAGAGGCAGAAGGCUCCGUGGAUCAGAAGGCCGUGGAAGGGGGGCAAAAUGGAACAAAGAAACCUGAAGAACCUGAAAAGUCAGAAGAAAAGAGAGACAACCAGGGGGAGAAGGAUGGUAAAAACAAACAGUGUAAACACAAACGAGAAAAAGAACCCGGCGAGCAGGGGAAGCCUAAGACAGAUGUCCAGGACAAAGAUGAAAUUAGAAAUACCUUCUUUGAGCCUGAGCCAACAGGAUUGAUUCCAGGAGUAUGCAUUCAGAACCUGGUGAAGAUGUUUGCAAACAGGCCCAAGCCAGCAGUAGAUGGGGUGAAUAUUACCUUUUAUGAGGGCCAGAUCACAGCCUUCCUUGGUCAGAAUGGAGCUGGAAAGACAACUACCAUGUCAAUAGUGACAGGCCUCUUCCCACCCACGUCUGGAACCGUGCUGAUUGGCGGCCUGGAUAUUCAGACUCAUAUGGAUUCUGUCCGACACAGCCUGGGGAUGUGCCCUCAGUACAACAUCUUAUUCAACCAGCUUACUGUGUCAGAGCACAUCUUGUUUUACUCUCAGCUGAAAGGGAGGUCCAGGGAUGAAGCUGAGCAAGAGCUGGAAACGAUGCUGGAAGACAUGGGCCUCACACACAAAAGGAAUGAAGAGGCUCAGAAUUUGUCAGGCGGAAUGCAGCGGAAGCUCUCCGUGGCCAUUGCUUUUGUGGGGGAAGCUAAAGUCGUCGUCCUGGAUGAGCCCACGUCUGGAGUGGAUCCCUACUCCAGGAGAUCUAUCUGGGAUCUGCUGCUGAAGUAUCGCUCAGGCAGAACCAUCAUCCUUUCAACUCAUCACAUGGAUGAGGCAGACAUUCUUGGAGACAGAGUAGCCAUCAUAUCCCAAGGCAAACUCUUCUGCUCAGGCUCUCCUGUGUUCCUGAAGAACUGCUUUGGGUCUGGCUUCUAUCUCACUCUUGUUCGCAAGAUGAAGAGCACCAGGACUGGAAGGGCUGCAUCACUUUGUAGCUGUGGAUCCCAGUGCUCCUGCUCCUGCUCCAGCUGUGCACAGAGGGACAAAGCAGCAGCUCCAGAGCAGGAACUGGAUGGAGAUCUGAACGAGCUGGCAGAAGUCAUUCAUCAUCAUAUUCCAGAAGCAAAGUUAAUUGAAAGCAUUGGCCAGGAGCUGGUUUACCUUUUGCCCAACAAGCACUUCAAGCAACGCUCUUACGCCAGUCUCUUCAGAGAGCUGGAGGAGACGCUGGAUGACCUGGGGCUCAGCAGUUUUGGAGUUUCAGACACACCACUUGAAGAGGUUUUCCUAAGAGUCACAGCAGAAGCUGACCCUGGGACUCAAGGAGCAGGAGACACUCAAGAAAAUGGCUCUACUCCUGGCAAAACCUCUGCUGAGAACCAGCCAGCUGAACAAAACACAAAGCCGAGAGCCAAUGACAUGUCCCAGAUGCCAGCAGGUACAGCAGGAGAUCAAAAUGGAGGCAAAGGGUCUGGACAGUAUAAAGGGUUUGAGCUUGUACAUCAGCAGAUCAAAGCACUGCUCAUUAAACGGUUCCACCACGCCUCCCGGAGCCACAAGGACUUCCUAGCCCAGAUUGUUCUCCCUGCUAGUUUUGUGUUGCUGUCUUUAAUAAUUACAGUCAUUAUUCCUCCAUUUGGAGAGUAUCCUGCCUUAAGCUUGCACCCCUGGAUCUAUGGACAGCAGUUUACUUUCUUCAGCAACGAGCACCCUGGCGCCGAGCGCACGGUCUCCCUCACCGACGCUCUCUUGAACAAACCCGGGUUUGGGAAUCGCUGCAUGAAGGAGCAGCCUCUGCCGGGCUACCCAUGCAGUAACGUGACAACUGCCUGGAGCACACCUGCUGUUCCUCCUGACCUAAGCAGCCUCCUGCUGAGCCAAACGUGGAGCCCUGAGAACCCUUCACCUCCCUGCCAGUGCAGCUCUCACAAGAAACUCAGGAUGCUGCCAGAAUGCCCAGCAGGGGCAGGAGGCCUCCCACCACCACAGAGGGUGCAGCAAAGCACAGAAAUCCUUCAAGAUCUGACCCACAGAAACAUUUCAGAUUUUCUGGUGAAAACAUAUUCCAAGCUGAUAAAAGGGAGCUUGAAGAGCAAAUACUGGGUGAAUGAGCAGAGGUAUGGAGGAAUUUCUAUAGGAGGGAGGCUCCCAGUGCUUCAUGUUUCUGGAGACCAAGUGGUUGGGUUUUUAAGUGACCUUGGCCGGAUGAUGAAUGUUACAGGGGGACAGAAUUCACUGGCUGCUGCUAAAGAAAUGUCUAAUUUCCUGAAAUACAUGGAAACUGAAGAUAAUAUUAAGGUGUGGUUUAACAACAAAGGCUGGCAUGCUAUGGUCAGUUUCCUUAAUGCUCAGGGUUAG